AUGAGUCCAAUGGGCUCUCAUUCCACCCUUAACCCCAAUCACCGCCCUCAGAGACCCGCCAUGGUCCCAAUAGAGGAGCUUCGUCGCAUUCAGAUUGCUCCGGCACUCCUCCAAGAUACCCGACAGAUCGAUGUGGUAUCCGAGAGCAUCAGAGCCACAGCUCUUGAGCAAGCUGCCAGACGAGCUCACCUCCGCAUGGUUCGGUUCGCCACACUCGAGCGGCUAACCAGAUCGAACAAGUGUCCCUUCAGCGACGGAAUGGCCACCAUCGACGGCAGGAAUGUUCUCAGACAACUUCCAAAGAUCCUCUCACCAUUCAUGGUCAACCGUCGCAUGCGCGAGAUUGCAUUGGACGGGUACUUUUCAGUGCUCAACAUCCAUGUCGACAGCAGCGACCUCGACUUGUAUACACUGUCGUGGAACUUGACCUCCAUUCACGUCUCUUAUCAGAUCAAAGGUUAUCCCUCUGUCUCCGAUCUCGUCCUUUCCACGCGAUAUCGUCGGGACCGCCCACGCUUUGGCGACCUGGCUAGCGACUUCUUUUGCGAGUUACCAGGCAAGCGCCUAUUCUCAAUCGACAUCACCCCCAUCCUCCCGUAUAUCAAGGCCAUCAACAUCGACAUUGUGAGCGGCGGUGGCAGGAUGAUGGACCUUGAAGAUAUGAUACACCCCGGUAGUCGAGACCAGGCGGCCACACGGUUUCGUCGUUUGAUGGAGCAUGGGGAGGCUGUCGUGGGCUACAUGUCGAGACUUCAGAGCCUUGACUGCUCUCUUCAGCCCGAGACCUACGGUGAUCGAGACGGCGCGGUGUACUACAAAGAGGCUAUCAUCAAAAUGCGGAGACUGAACGUCUCCAGGAAAGCAUUGUGGGCACAAUAUCACGCUGGAGAGAAGGAAAAGCUGGUGAAGGGUUCGGAGAAGGGUGUUACAGAGAUGGCGAAGGAGUUGAUGUCUGGUGAGGUUCUUGGCUUCAAGCUUUGA